UUUACUAUCAUCGUUCUAGAACGACUACCGUAUAACACAUUUUGACCCAUUUCAAGCAAAACAUGGAUGAAGGAAAUUCACCCGAUGAUGACAUUACAAAUUCUGAGAAUGUUGAGAACGAGUUUUCUCUUGAUCCUAACGAUAUCGUUGAAGUAAUCCAACUUGAAGGUGAAGACGAAGAUAUUUCCCAUGAUGUUAACGACAUGGAUCUUCAUGACGAGGAAGAAGAUGAUGAGUUUGAUGAGGAAUCGGAGGCUAUGGGAGGCGGUCAAGUGAAAGACGAUGCUAGUAUGGUGUUUUCCAGUCAUACAGAUGCUGUUUUCAGUGUAGGCAUUGACCCACAUGGAGGGAAGAUGGCAGUGACCGGCGGUCAAGAUGACAAGGGCUAUAUUUGGUCAGUUACAGAUGGAGAAUGUAUUAUGGAGUGCGGAGGACACAAGGACUCAGUGACCUCAGUGGGCUUCAGUUUUAAUGGGACCUAUGCAGCCACUGCUGACCUCAGUGGACUGGUCAAGGUGUGGAAGGUAGAAACAAAGACUGAAGUUUGGUCAUUUGAAUGUUCUGACAUAGAGUGGCUACAGUGGCACCCAUUGGCACCGGUUUUGCUGUCGGGCACCGUAGAUGGAGAUGUGUGGAUGUGGAAAAUUCCGGAUGGUGAUUGUAAAACAUUUCAGGGUCAUGGCUGCACAGCUGGAGUGGGACGCAUUCUUCCAGAUGGGAAACGUGUAUGUGUUGGGUAUGAUGAUGGAGCCGUUAAAAUUUGGAACAUGAAAACAGCUGAUGUAAUGAAAACAAUUUCAGGUCGGGAGGGUCAUACGUCAACAGUCGUUUGUAUGGAUUGUCACCAAGAUAAUUCCAUGGUGAUGACGGGGUCAACUGAUGUUACUGCCAAGAUCAUCAACACAAGUACAGGAAAGGUUCUGUCAACCUUUAACUGUGAGUCAGUGAAAGAGGGAGAUAAUUCUGUAGAAGCAUGUGGUUUUUGUAAACAACAGACGCUUGCUGCCACAGGAACACUCCAGGGGACUUUAUGUAUAUGGGACAUGCCAACACAGAUCACACGAAGCAAAUGUCAACACGAGGCUGGUGUGGUCAGACUAAAAUGGGAUCCCACCGCCCCCCUUGUAUACACGGCAUGUCUGGAUGGAGUUGUGCGUCUAUGGGAUGGCCGAAAUGGUCAGUGUGUGAACCAGUGGUCUGGCCACACUGAUGCAAUACUGGACGUUGAUCUGUCCAGAGAUGGAGAAACCCUGGUUACAGUGUCUGAUGACAAAACUGCAAGAGUUUUCUCUCUCCACACGCCAGAUAGAUGAGGUCGACAAAAUUAAACACUAAAACCACAGGGGUUCAGAAAAGACACCUCACAGUAAUUUCAGUCUAGCAUUAAAAGCGAAACAGACUGUUCACUUUUUCACAUGUUUAUAACUUAUGUCUAUAUGUACAAUGGUGUUGCAUCUUGCCUUAAAUGUGACAAUGUGAAGGAAUUUUAUCAGAUGGAGAGAGUUCCUGCUUCUUGUUUGAAUCCAAGGUAAUAAGAUUUUCCUAAUGCCAAUGCCAAAUGCCCACGUGGACAGGUGAUAGACCAGGAUUCAAUAAAGAGCUUGUGUCAAAGGAAAAGUACAUCUUAAGUUUGAAGGAACCAAAAUCUGGUUAAUGCUAUGUACCUCUCCUGUUAUGUCAGGUCCUUUACAAUAAUUAACAGGUAUGUAGGGUCAGACAUCACUAAAGGAGGGAAAAGGGUAAUCAUAUAAUAUUUACUCCAAUCUUUAUUUAAUUUUACAUCAUAAAAUACCUUCAUCACUUGUGGUUAUUAAACUUGAUGAUACAGAAAUUUAUAUAAACCAAAUGUCAAAUUGGGUUGGCAUGAAACCAAAGUCUUUCGGCAUAGUCAAUGGUGUCCAGAAUCCCUUCAGCUGUAAAUGAUGUUUGCUGUUUCCCUAUGUCAAAGUCGAUGAUGAUGUAAGCAAUCUAUCAGUAAGUACCUUCGGAUACGGCCGUGGGUACAGAUACCAUGAAAGAUCAUACCAAUACUGAACAUAUCACCUACUAUUAUGGGUACAAGGUAGGAUUGAACAUUUUCAGACUGUUGAAACAACAUCGUUUUCUGACCAUUAGCCCACACUCAGCCCAAGCCGAGUGUCAUCAAUCUCCUUAUACUUAACAUGUUACCUGUUAAUAACUGUUGAUUAUCUCCAAUUAUCCUAGCUUUUCAUGCUUAUUAAGUCAAGCACCUGUGUGAAUUUGUUUACAUAAAAUAAUUAAAUGUGUUCGGGCCAGA